CCACGCCCUUUAUUUAAGUGCCUGGCUCUGCUAGCGCCUACGUACGCUGAGCCCAUCAUUGUUAGAAGAUGGCUGGGGUCGGACAGCGCGAAGCGAGCAGGCGCAAGCUGGAGCUCGCGCAAGCUACGCAUGCGGGAGAAGCCUAUGAUGGUGAGUCUCCGGUGGUGGCGGUGAAGCACAUCAGCUUGACGAGGCUCAUCUUUGCUUGUAUGGUGACUGGCGGGGUGCAGUAUGGCUGGGCGCUACAGCUUUCCUUGCUCACGCCCUAUGUCCAGACACUAGGGCUAUCCCAUGCUCUAUCUUCCAUAAUAUGGCUUUGUGGUCCUGUUACAGGUUUUGUGGUGCAACCUAUUAUAGGCCUGUGGAGUGAUAGGUGUCAAUCGCGAUUUGGAAGGAGAAGGCCUUUCAUAUUUGUUGAAUGCAUAUUGAUAUCCAUCGCUGUGAUUGUAGUAGGGUUUUCGUCGGAUAUUGGGCAUGCACUGGGUGAUACGAAGGAACAUUGCAGCGUUUAUAAUGGUCCUCGAUGGCAUGCAGCAGUAGUGUAUUGUUUGGGGUUUUGGCUAUUAGAUUUUUCUAAUAACACAGUUCAAGGUCCAACUCGAGCACUUAUGGCCGAUCUCUCAAGUCAUCAUGGACCUAACACAGCAAAUGCUAUAUUUGCCUCAUGGAUGGCAGCGGGAAAUAUCUUAGGAUAUUUAUCUGGUUCUAGCGGAUCUUGGCACAAGUGGUUUCCUUUCUUGGUGACAAAUGCAUGUUGUGAAGCCUGUGCAAACUUGAAAGGUGCAUUUUUGGUUGCAGUGGUUUUAUUGUUUAUUACUUUGACAGUCACUCUAUUUCUCGCCAAAGAAGUUUGUCUAAGUGACUUGAAUAAAUCUGCAAGUGUAGAUCAACAAAAGACAAGUUUUUUUGAUGUCUUCAGGGCCUUUAAGAAUUUGCCUCCUGGAAUGCCUUCAGUGCUUCUUGUUACUGCCCUAACUUGGUUGUCGUGGUUUCCCUUUACACUCUAUAAUACUGAUUGGAUGGGUCGGGAAAUCUACUAUGGCAAACCUAAAGGAACCAGUGAACAAAUUGAUGCUUACGAUCGAGGUGUUAGAGAAGGCGCCUUAGGAUUACUCUUGAAUUCUGUUGUAUUGGGCAUAUCAUCUUUCUUGAUCGCACCAAUGUGUCGAAAGUUGAGUGUAAAAGUAGUAUGGGCGAUUAGCAAUUUUACCCUAUUCGUUAGCAUGGCUGCCAUUUGCAUCAUUAGCGUUUGGUCCUCAAAAGAGUUUCAUUCUUUAGCACAACCGAGACUCACUGCAGAUCCCAUGAUUAGAAUUGUUGCUUUGGUUGUCUUUACAAUUCUCGGUUUUCCACUAGCUGUUGUAUACAGUAUUCCUUUUGCAGUAACAGCACAAUUAACUGCUAAUGCGAAAGGCGGCCAAGGACUUUGCGUUGGAGUUUUGAAUGUUUCAAUCGUUAUUCCUCAGGUGAUCGUUGCUCUUGGAGCAGGGCCAUGGGAUGCUCUGUUUGGAAAGGGGAACAUGCCUGCCUUUGCUUUGGCUUCUGCGAUUGCUUUUGUAUGCAGCAUUGUCGUCCUUUUCGUACUUCCAAGACUCUCAAAGAGUAACUAUAAGACUUCAGGAGUCUCUGGCGGGCACUGAUCUUUAGAUUGUAACUAAAGAGGAGUCUGGUUCUAGUAGGAUUAUAAAAAGCAUUUAGCUUAUUUUUCUUAGUAAGAAACUCUGAAGGCAAGUACCCAAUCAAAUCUGCAAAAAUGAACUAAUGAACUAUUUUUGUAAAAUACUGAAAAAGGACGAAUAACCAUAAGGGAAUUUUUCGAAAUUUUUAAA